AUGUUCCAUUCUUUCUCAAAAUUGGCCACGAAUCACUCAAGAGCGAAAGGAGGCGAAAAAGGAUCAGCCCACGUGAAAGACAAAUUGCAACUGCAUCAACAAUUGGAGGAUUUGAUGAAGAAAAGAAAAGAAUGGGACGAAUGCCGAGAAGCGCUAUUGAGCGCUUCUAACUCCAAAACCGCCUCAUCAACGACUGAGUCGAGUGACACUCACUCCACCGCUGACGAGGCACCCGAAAUCCCCGAUGAACCGGCAAUUAUCGUUUCUCCAGAGAGUCUCAUUUGGCAUCCGAAUUUGAGACAGGUAAAAUGCUCGGACACAAUUUUGUAUCGAAUCUACCCGGUCUUUUGGUAUUUGGAUCCGGAUGAGACGGGGAUUUUGACGAUCACUGUGGCGAACUCGGUGACCGAUCGAGGGAAAGUGAUACUGCAACAUACCGAGGCUCUUCCCACUCAUCUACCGUAUUUGUUACCACAACUCUUCAAAUGGACUCCCGCAUCUCUCCUACAAACCGUUCACCUCGACUCUUUACCGCAAAAAGGAGUGAAAACAUUGGGUGCCUGGAAUCCGAGAGAUGUCGAUGAGAAUGAGAGAACGGGGGACGACUAUUUUGAGCCUGAUUCAUUGAUGUGUUCGGCGAAAGUUUUGCUUUGGAAAGAGAAUGGGCCGAGAGUUCAAACGAUCACUUUCACGAAUACAACAUGGGCGAGGAGAGCUCUGAAAGUGAAAUGCUCGGACAAUCGAAUCUACAACGUCAGCCCGGUGCACGUGGCUUUAGAGCCAGCUGAGGCGGUGAACAUAUCGGCCGAUGGGCCCUUUCAUAUUCUCGGCCCACAAGAUGUCUUCCGUGCCGUGAAUCCCGAGGAAAUCCAAUCAAUCACAAUUUUCUCCAAAAGCAACUCA